AUGCCAAGUGUCACAAUUGCGUUCAUUUACAACCCCCAACGUUCCCUGGAAAAGUCAUCCGAAGCCACGGUACAACGACGGAGUGUUGCGUUGUCUGCCUAUUAUUAUGACAUUCAUCAUCAGAGGGCGCGAUCCAUUACACAUGCAGACUGUUUAUCACGCUAUGCCAUUUCAGAGGAGGCUUCUACGGGUGAUUAUCGACUCACUCAACCGUUCCCGGUAAGCCAGUCUGAUGCAGUUCGAGAGACCAGUGAGUAUUAUCACGCUAUCAUUCCCUGUGUCCGUCGAGGUUGGCGAAGUGAUAUCGAGCGUCGAUUUCCGGAAUUCUGUAAACGUCGUGAGGAAACUUUUGUGAUGUGCGAUGGUGUCUUGUUACAAUGA